ACCAAUCUCACUCUCCAAAUAGUAUUUUCUAGGUUUCAUAGUGAUAAGCACAUCCACACAAGAGCUAUGAAAUUUCUGAAACAAACGUUACAAUAGACACACGGCGUAUUUAUUUCCCUCAAGCAAUCGUAUCCCCUUAGCAGAUCGAAAAAAAAAAAGAUACCGAUAAUGAAUUCUGCUCCUCUAUCAACUCCGGCGCCGGUUACUCUGCCCGUCCGUUCGAUUCCGGGCAGCUACGGAUUGCCGUUAGUAGGGCCAAUCGCGGAUCGAUUAGACUACUUCUGGUUCCAAAAACCGGAAAACUUCUUCACCAAGAGAAUGGAAAAGCACAAGAGCACGGUUUUCAGAACGAACGUGCCGCCGUGUUUUCCGUUUUUCGGUAGUGUGAAUCCAAAUGUGGUGGCGGUUUUAGAUGUGAAAUCGUUUUCGCAUCUGUUUGAUAUGGAGAUUGUAGAGAAAGCUAAUGUGCUUGUUGGGGAUUUCAUGCCCAGUGUUGUUUAUACUGGAGAUAUGCGUGUUUGUGCUUAUCUCGAUACUUCUGAACCUAAACAUGCCCAGAUUAAGAAUUUUUCACAGGAUAUUCUAAAAAGAGGCUCAAAAACAUGGGUGCCUACACUACUUAAAGAGCUUGAUACAAUGUUUACAACUUUUGAAGCAGAUCUUUCAAAAUCCAAUACAGCUUCUCUUCUUCCUGCACUCCAAAAAUUCCUCUUUAACUUCUUCUCCCUCACUAUCCUCGGCGCUGAUCCAUCUGUCUCCCCAGAAAUCGCCAAUUCUGGCUACAUCUUUCUUGAUUCAUGGCUAGCUAUUCAAUUAGCACCUACUGUCAGCAUUGGUGUCCUUCAACCUCUUGAAGAAAUUUUAGUCCAUUCUUUUGCAUACCCUUUUUUUCUUGUCAAAGGUAAUUAUGAAAAACUCGUUCAAUUCGUCAAAAAUGAAGCCAAGGAAGUUUUAAGCAGGGCACAAACAGAGUUUCAACUCACAGAACAAGAAGCCAUUCAUAACCUUUUGUUCAUUCUUGGGUUCAAUGCUUUUGGUGGCUUCUCCAUUUUCUUGCCAACUCUUUUGGGAAAUCUUGGAGAUGAGAAAAACGCGGAUAUGCAAGAGAAACUGAGAAAAGAAGUGAGAGACAAAGUCGGCGUAAAUCCAGAAAACUUGAGUUUUGAAAGUGUUAAAGAAAUGGAACUUGUUCAGUCUUUUGUUUAUGAAACACUUAGGCUUAGUCCACCAGUACCAAGUCAAUAUGCAAGAGCAAGAAAAGAUUUUAAACUGAGUUCACAUGAUUCAGUUUACGAAAUCAAGAAAGGGGAGCUUCUUUGUGGUUAUCAGCCUUUAGUUAUGAAAGAUCCAAAGGUGUUUGAUGAACCUGAAAAGUUUGUGUUGGAGAGAUUUACAAAGGAAAAAGGGAAAGAAUUGCUGAAUUAUUUGUUUUGGUCUAAUGGUCCACAAACUGGGAGACCUACUGAAUCAAACAAGCAAUGUGCUGCUAAAGAUAUGGUUACUCUAACUGCUUCUUUGAUUGUGGCUUACAUUUUCCAAAAGUACGAUUCUGUGAGUUUCUCAUCUGGUUCACUCACAUCUGUGAAAAAGGCUAGUUGAGUUCUGGGCUGUGUAGCUGCAAAAUCUAAGCUUGCUAGACAUGUUGAUCUUAAGUCUCGGUGGCUGGCUUUUCCUUCCUCCCCCUAUUGUGUAAUAUAAUUUCACAAAUAAAAGUUCAACAUGAGUGUACUUAUUUUCUGUUCUGACUUAUGACUAUUGUCUAUCCUCUUACAAAUUAAGUUGGAACAUGAAUCUAAGUUAUAAUUACAGAAA